AUGACCCACUCCGACGAAGCAGAAGAAUCAUCGCCAUUGUUUCUUCUAUCAUCAACGAGCACAUCCGUGUCAGAUCCUUCUCCCGAAUUAUUCAAACGACCACAAAUAAAUAUUCAAGAAAGCGAUUCCGAAGUAGAGGCAACUGAUGAAGACGAUGAUGAUCAUGAUGAAGAUGUCGAAAUUCCAGAUGCAAAUUCCUAUGAAGAAGAACGAAAGAGAAAUAUUGAAAGAAACAAAAUGUUACUGGCAAAUCUUGGGCUUGAGAAGGGUCUGUUACCAAAAUCCGAAAGCGCAACACAAAGUUCUUCUUCCAAGAAAAGAAAAUCAGUCGAUUCUACAACCGAAACAAGAAGAUCUACUAGACUUUCUAACAAGCCAAAACAGACCUACAAUUAUUCCAAAAUCGAAAAAGAGCAACAGAGAUUAAGAAAGGAACAAGAACGAAUCAUGCGUGAAGAAAAGUUGAGACAAAAAGAAGAAGAGAAAAAACGAAAAAAGUAUUAUAGUAGAAGAAACAAUGAUUCUGAUGACGAUUCUGAUGAUUCCAACUUUGUCACAACAAAUUCCUUUGAUGGAAAUGGUCAAAGAAGAAGCGGACGAUUAAGGAACAAGGACAAAAUUGACUAUGCCAAUAUUGAAAAGAAAUAUUCAGAAGUGGACCUGGACACAGAAGAUAACAUUUCAAAGACCACUACGAAAUCUCAACAGAAAAAGAAAAAGCGUAAAACAUCAUCUUCGGACGACGACAUGUUUAGUGAGUGUGAGAAUGUAGUCGUUACCUUUUCAACUGUGAAGAAUAUUAAGGAACUGAUUGAAAUGGUCACUAUUCUCAAAGGGCAAGUGAAGAUGGAUGUCAAGGACUUGUCUAAAGUUACUCAUAUUGUUUGUGACGAAUACAAACGAACUCUGAAAACCAUGACUUGCAUUAUUCGUGGCUGUCACGUUGUUACUUCAGAAUGGUUGAGGGCGUCAGAGCGUAAAAAUGGAUUCUUGAACGAAAAAGAUUUUGUGCUGUCGUGUGGACAUGACUUGUUAGAGUCACAACGAAGAGCGUUAGAACAACCAAUAUUUACAAAUCUCAAUUUUUAUAUUGAUCCAAAAACAAACAAUGCAGAAAUUCAAACUCAACUUAUCGAGUUUGGAGGAGGUAACGUGAUAGACAUUGACAUUCUCAAAUCAAAAGUCGAAGAGAGCGAAGAUCUUGACUCUCUGAUUGUGAUUGGAGACAGCGAACAUUUAGCUGAACUGAAAGAAGAAUUGAAAGAGUUAAACCUUCCCGAUUCUGCAUUCCAAACUCCAGAGUUUGUGUAUGCAUCAGCAGUAACUCAAACACUUGAGUGGAAUGUAGCUCAGUGA